GUUAUACGUAUGAUAUGGACUAUGUUUUCAGGUGUAAUACUAUUCGUAUAUAAUUACGUCUUUUAUGCAGAUGUGGCCCCGAGACUGAAUCAAGUUGCAACAAGCCGUCAAUAGCCUACAACCUGACAAGCUGUUGAAAAAAAAAUCAAUCAGACCAGUUUGAAGUUUUGUUAUUAACAAAAGGCCAGAUCUUAUUUCUCAUAUUGUAAGAAUAUAUAGUGAGUAAGAGCGAAGAAAUGUAGACGGAAAUUUUUUGAAGAUUUUGGAGGAUUAGACGGGUUUUUAGUCAGGUUUUAACAUUGUUCGGUUGUGAGUGUUCAGCAAAAAGCAUUAGUCGGAAUAUUGUUGAAGAUUUUGGAAGGUUGGACAAGAUUUCAGUGUGUUUUUGUGUGUAACUGUGUUUGGACCGAAGUGGUCAAGCAAUAGUCUGAAGAUUGUUAAGGAUUUUAAAGGAUUAGAAGGAUUUCAUGCAGUUUUUGUCUGUCAUAUUGUUUGGUUAACAAUAUCCAAAGAUGUAAAUUGGACAGCCAUCUUGAUAAAUGAAAUGAAAUGGGGUUUAACGUCCUACUGUUCUGCUCCGACUGGGCUAAUGAAGACAGGCAUACGUCAUACAGUGGACAAACAGCUUGAUAAAUGGUAGAAGUUAUUAGGCGUGAGUGGUCAGCAAUAUCAUUAGUCAUAUAUAUGAUUGGACAAACAGCUGGAUUAAUAACAGUAUAAGUCAUUGGAUAUUGUAAAUUAAAUAUAAAAUUAAACACAGAUUGCUCCGAUACUUGCAAUAAUGGCACAACCUCAUCCUUUCAUUCUUUGCUAAGAAAUCUGGAUUACCGAUGAAAUGUUAUAAGUCAAUAAUCGAAUCUGGAAAAAGUGAAAUUCUUCCGCAAAAUAUUAAAUUAUGAUUAACGUGGGUGUUUUUUUUAAUAUACGAGUCUAGUUGUCGGGAUCGCAUCGAAAAUCGAAACAGAUUUAAAAGCGCAUUUACAUGAACUAUUCGUAUAUUCGCUUUCCUGUGACUUCAAAAGAAACUAAAUAUUGACAGAAAAUCGAAAGAGAUUUAAAAAGCAUUCCUAUUUUAAAUAUUGUGUGAUUGAGGUGUUUCUUGCAUACAUGGCCCAGAAUUCUCAUCGAUGAUCAAACAGGAUAUUGAAUUAGCGGUAAUUGAAAUUCAUGGUAUCUGACUGGAUUCGGUAUUUCUAAUUCUUAUAGAGGAUCGUGCAAGAUAUUAAAUUACCGUUACACAAAGUUCAUGAUAUCUGACUGGAUUCGAUUAUUCUAUUUCUCGUCAAGGAUCGUGGAAGAUGUUAAAUUAUCGUUAUACAAAGUUCCUGGUCUCUUACUGGAUUCGGUUUUUGGAACUCUGAGGACAGAGCAACAUAUUAAAUCAUUCUUACAUAAAGUUCAUGAUAUCUGACUGGAACGGUAUUUCUAGUUCUAAUUAACCAUCAUGCAAAAUAUUAAAUUAUUCUUACAUGAUAUUUGACUGGAUUCAGUUUUUCUAGUUUUCCUCGGCAUUAAAAUAUAAAAUGAAUUCGACUCGUGUGUCUGUGUCUUUAAAUGGGAAUAUUGGAAUUGAAUACAGGGUGAAUCGGAUGUUUGGAUAACGUGCUGAGACGGACAACAACAUGUUUGAAGAAAGGAUUUCUUUAAGAUUGAAAUAUGAACUUUCUAAUUUUGAUACCUUAUUAAAAAGUGUUACAUGAGAUUUGGGAAUAUGGAUGGCGAAACUAUAGCGUGGAUUGUCAUUAUCGCCAUAUUGGGCUUUAUGUUACUAAUAACGUGUGGAAUAUCCGCAGUAAAGGCAGUCAAGGACAGAAAGAGAGUAAAGGCGAAGAUUGCUGCCAAGCAGGCGGCCAGAAUAAUCUUGAAUAAGCCGUCUGCUAGGUGUAUGGGUCGUCAGACGUCAAGAUCUUUAGACGAUGUGCUGAGCCCGGUUGGUAGUUCUGGCAGCGGAUUAAUCGCUGAGAGAAUGCGGAAUGAAGAACAACGGCGUCAAUUGAGUAAAUCGCCAACGCGACGGCCUUUCGAUCCCGUCGUUUCCGAUUGGCGGUCAGAGAAUCGUCUGGAUCGACGUCAAUAUUUAGAACGUUGUAUCAGACGACAGUUAGAACCGGACCAAGAUUUCGACUACAGACGCGGUAUGGAGCUCCAACAUCAACCGGAUUGGACAGAAAACGGUCGUAGACGUAAGCACCGUAUUAAUAGUGAUCCGUAUUAUGACUAUUUCUCAACGGCCUCUAACGAUAAACUUUACGUUGAAAGACGUUGGGACGGGGAUGGUGGUAGGGGCAGUAGAUCGCGCUCCGAUAUCGAGAUCCAUCCACCACCAAAGGACAAAAUUUACCGUUUACAAUCGGCACCUUAUGACAAUAGAAAUGGACGGAGUCAAUCCGUGUCUAACUGCCAUCGUGACAAAGAUACGCGUGUAUAUCGAUCUCGUUCCGAGGACUAUCUAAGUAGAACAUCCUCAAGACUUAGUGUUCGGCGUGGUUCGUACGAGGCAGCUAUCGAAAAUGAAGACGAUUUCUCUAGAAGUUUAGGGUAUUUGGGUAGAACUUCUAGUUUCGGUAAAUCUGAGAGAAGUAUUACAAUAUAUCCAUGCAAUCGAAAUGGAAAUAUAGGCAUGGAAAACAGAGCUUAUGUGAAAUCGGACGACAUUCUACGUCAAGUGUCGUUAUAGUGAUAUAAAAUUUCCAGAUGCAACGGCCAUUUUUAUUUAUUAAUUAACUUCCGGUAAGCCUGAGUUAUGGAUACGUGUAUAUUAAUUAGCCUACAGCUUACGGUGACUUGGUUGAUGAAGCAGAGGAUGGCGUGUAAUGAAUUAAUUAUUGUCAUCAGUAAUUAUCCCGAGUCCAGGCGGCGCAAUUAAUAGUGGUUUUAAUAGGAAUGACCUGAAGCGAUAAAAUGGCGUUAACAUGACGCUAGGGCAUGAACGCGGUCAGUACCGGAAGUGACGUGAAUACCCUCUAGGAAGCAAUGUAUAUCACCAAAUGAUUUCUGCAUUCGAAACUGUUUUGCCAUCAGGGACAAAGGUUUAUCGACGAAUUAGAUUUCAGUUUAGAAUGAGACCAUUCCAAAUCAUCAGUAUAAGGCGAACGGACUUUUAAAUGCAUCUCAUAAUCAGGGAACUGAAUAGAACUACGUUGACUGAUUUCUUUAUUCGAAACAAACGGGCUUGCUAUAAAGAACUGUCUGAUUGAGACACGAAUUUAUCGAUCAAUUAGAAUACUGUUUACAAAUAGACUAUACCAAAUCAUCAGCAUAGCGCGGACGAAAUUGUAGAUUCAUAAUAUAUAUCUCAUAAUCCCGGGAACUGAAUUUAAAAAAAUCAUUAAUUGAUACGGGUUUACUGCACACUUUGAUGCCCAGUGUACUAGAAUAGCCAGUAGUCUAUAUUUUUACCUCGAUAGCUUAUUAUAAUCCUUUAGUGGCGUUUAGCGAUUGGAAACAAUCUGAUUAAAACACAGAUCCUAUUUCGUUUCGUUAUUUAUAGUUCAAAAUUUCGUUAUUUAUAGUUCAAAAUUUCGUUUUACAUGUCUUCACUACACUGGCAUCUUGAAGAGUUGUUACAUAACAGGCGUUCUAGUUGAUGUGAGGAAUUAGCCAAUGAAACGGGUCUGUUACGGUGAGUUCUUAGUGUGCUCUGGACGGAACUGUGGGUAAACCACUAGAAACGUCAACGCUAUUGAUUAAUCAAUGUCUGACGUCAUAGGGCCAAAAUCCGCUCGUAUGACCCCUGACGCGACCUCCCACUACAACUGGUAAGACGCGAUUGGAAAAUAACAAAACUAAAACAGUUAUAUAUAUGUUGUACCAUCGUGUAAUAAACCAGUGAUUGUUGUCCCAUAUAACUCUUUCUAGAUUUGGAUAGCUUCGUCUUUAUGACCAAGAGGUCAGUAACAUCAACCAUUUGAAUAACUGAAAUAGUGAGAUAGUGUUUAAUGGCUCAUCAGCGCCAACCGGGUUAUAUUGCGCUAAGCAGGUGGUUGCGGUUAUGAGACAAACAGGAUAUAAUCUAAAUAAUAUCUUUACAUCAAUGUUUAGAAUACAAUAUUGGCAUCAUGUUUGGUGUAGUGGAGAUGUCUUUACAUCAAUGUUUAGAAUACAAUAUUGGCAUCAUGUUUGGUGUAGUGGAGAUGUCUUUACAUCAAUGUUUAGAAUACAAUAUUGGCAGCAUGUUUGGUGUAGUGGAGAUUGUGCAGUGUCGAAUAGAAGGCUUGAUCUCGCUUUAACUACGUACAUUUAAUCAAGGCCUUAACGUAAUACCCCGCAUAUGUCAGCACUAAUUUCAAUUGGGUAUUCACCCAGCUUGAGAGUCUAUCAGAUAAUCGAGUUGCAAUGUCUAAGGUUCGUUCAAUGGCAAGGUUUUCGUGGAGGUCGCUAUGUCACAACCUCUGAUUGGACGCCAGUGAUCGCGUGUCUGCAGAUAACGUAGCUAUAAGUUCGGGAAUUGUAAAGUAAUCUAGCAACGUCCAGAUGUACAAAAAACUCGCAGUCGUUGCUUCAGGAACAUGUGAGGCUUCUCUCAACCCCACCACCCUCGCGACUAGAGGAAGAAGAAAGACCAUUAUGCAAAGCCGGGGAUGAUGACAGAUGUUUAAGACUCAAGUGCACGUAAGAAAGGUUUGGGACAUUGCCAAAUAUGUUAUACACCUUUAUCGGAGGACCCUGGACCUGUCGUGUCAAUCCGGCGCUGAGUUUGUGACAUUGAGGACUAUACGUAAAAACCAGAUCAUUUCCAAAGAUACGGACAUGCGUGUUCGUGUUUUUUUUUAUUCUUAUUUAUUUUCUUUUUUCAAAAUAAAAUUUUAAUUCGAGAAUUAACAUUUCAAUGAACAAUGGCUGGUGAAUUAAGUGAAUUUUUUAGGGAUUUAAUGUUUUUAUUAUUUUUACAUUUAGUAACGCACAUU